CGGGUUUUGAGUGAUCAUUGACAUUGGCAGAACAUUUCCCUGCGCCCACUGUGUUCCUGAGAUUGUGAAGAUCAGCACCGGGGAAAUGUCGAGGGUUUACAUUGGAAGAUUGAGCUAUCGAGCAAGGGAAAAGGACGUCGAGAAGUUCUUCAAGGGCUAUGGGAAGAUACUUGAAGUUGACCUGAAAAACGGGUAUGGGUUUGUUGAAUUUGAUGACCCCCGCGAUGCAGAUGAUGCUGUGUAUGACCUGAAUGGGAAAGACCUGUGUGGGGAGAGGGUUAUUGUGGAGCACACAAAGGGGCCACGGCGAGAUGGCAGCUAUGGCUCAGGAGGAGGCGGUGGCGGCGGAGGUGGAAGAAGCGGGGGAGGGUAUGGGCGUGGUGGCAGAGACCGAUAUGGCCCACCAGCAAGGACAGACUAUCGGCUGAUUGUUGAGAAUCUGUCCAGCCGCUGCAGCUGGCAGGACUUGAAGGACUACAUGAGGCAGGCGGGUGAGGUGACGUAUGCUGACACCAAUAAGGGGCGCCGGAACGAGGGGGUGAUAGAGUUCAGGCUGUACUCUGACAUGAAGAGAGCCCUGGAGAAGCUGGACGGCACCGAGGUGAACGGCAGGAAGAUCCGGCUGAUUGAGGACCGCCCGGGGGCCAAGCGCAGCAAGCGCUCCUACUCUCGCAGUCGCAGCCGCUCCCGGUCUCGUUCCAGGAGCCGUAGGUCCCGAAAGAGCCGCAGCCGCAGUGAGAGCAGCAGCCGUUCCCGCUCUAGGGGUGCUGCCUCCCGCUCACGUAGUCGCUCCCACAGCAAGAAGGACAAGACCAAGGGCCGCAGAGAGGAGGAGCGCACCAACGGUACCCACAAGGCCAAGGAGGGGCGCGGGGGCCGAGAGGAGGGGCGCAGCAGGAGCCGCAGCAAGAGCAAAAAGAGCACCAAGAAAGAAGGGAAGAGGAACAGGAAGGAUGAGUCCAGGUCCCGUUCCCGCUCUCGUUCCAGAUCAGGAGCCAAGGAUUGCUCCAGGAAGUCCGGCUCGAAGACCCGCGAGCCGGCCAAGAGCGACGAUGAGGGAGCUGCAGCCGAGACGGGAGCCCCCCGCUCUCGCUCCCACACCCCUGCCGAAUCCAAAGCCAAAUCCAAGUCAAAGUCCAAAUCUCCAUCUCCCUCCCCGGCCAAAGCCCAUUCCCGUUCCCCCUCAGUCUCCCGCUCAGAGUCCCGCUCCAAAUCUCGCUCCGCGUCUCGUUCUCGCUCCCGCUCUCGAUCACAGUCCUGAGCUGGGAUGGCAACAUCAGCCAUCCAUCGUGUCCCCCCCCUCCCCCCCUGCGUCUGGCCCUUUUUGUUUUUUGAUAAAUAGUUGUAGGUGAAAAAAAAAAACAGGCACACACUCUUCCUCAUUUCUUAUAAAUAUACAGUGCUUGUCGGUCAUUCUGCAUCUUUUUCCAGUAGUUGUCUCUUAAAUCGAGGUAUUUGUAAAAUAUUAAAUGUGUGAAAUAAGUUUGAGGGUAUUUGCUUGGAUAGAUUUUUAUAAGUUGAAAAGGAAAUGUUCUGUAGUAAGUGUCUUAACCUUUGUAUCAAUACUAGCAUACCGUGCUGUCAAUGUUGUGCAGGGUGGGGGUUGUUUUUAUUCCAUUGUUGCAUCUUUUCACUUUGUGGGAAAUCCUUUAAUCAGUUACUUAAAAAAUAAAAUAAAAAGCCUGAUCUGGAA